AUGACAUUGUCUCCACGCUGCAUUUUCUUUUGCAUGACUUUUUUUCUAUUCAAUAAACUAACUGUUUGUAAAAAUGUUUUUCGAAACGAAAACGAAACAGAUUUUCCGUCUACGACCACGGUUGAAGUAUCACUUCUCACUAAUGACGCUUCUUGGACAAUUGAAAUAUCGAAUUCGGACAACAUUUCGAAUUCAACUCGUGACUGCGUCUUUGAAUCCAAUAUCACCAACAACAGCGUUACGGCGCGGUGCAAUUUCAGUAAAACUGCAGCGGUAAACGAUGAUUUUACGACACGUUUACCAGCCGUUUUGAGUAGAAACACGCGGACUGCAAAUUUACAAAUCACACCAAAGCCGAAACCCCAAAAGUCCACUGUAGUCACAAAAACACCAAAACGUAUGAGCCCUACGACGAAAUCGGCAAAACUCGUUCCCAAAAAAAACAACUCUAGGUCCCAGACCACCACGGCUUGGCCUAAGUCCGACAAGAGACUAGGGAACAGUGACAGUGCCGGUGGGAAAAAUCUGUAUAACGUCGUUAAAACCACGCUGAAUGAUACAGCGGACAGAUCGAUCGAAGCAGACUUCAAGACCAAAUACCCGGUGGACAUGUGGAAGGAUCACGGGUUCUAUACAGACGAGUACAUAGAACUCAUCAACAGCCAUUGGUUUACGUUCAAGCCUCCCAAUCCCACGUCCCACUAUGUUCUUGGCGUUUUGUACACCUUCAUUAUGAUAUUCGGUUGCUUCGGGAAUUCGCUGGUGAUUUUCAUGUACAUCAAGUUAGUCUCGCCAAGCGUUAUAAUCGUUUAAUCUGUUAAUCGCGUUUUAUACAAUUAACAUGGAUAUGUUUGUGUGUGUAUUUUUUUCAGAUGUAAGUCAUUGCAAACGCCGGCGAACGUGUUAAUAAUGAACUUGGCCGUCAGCGAUUUCAUCAUGAUGGCGAAAACGCCGGUUUUCAUUUACAACAGUUAUUACCAAGGUCCAACACUUGGAAAAUUAGGUAGGUAACAAAUAAAAAACACUGAGCUUUUACAUAAAUGUUUUGAUUUUUUUGCUAUAGGCUGUCAAAUCUACGGGUUUUUUGGCGGCUUGACGGGUACCGUGUCCAUAAUGACGUUGGCCGCCAUAUCGUUAGACCGUUACUACGUUAUUGUACACCCCCUGAACGCGGCCGUAAAAACCACCAAACAAAGGGCCAGAGUAUGGAUAGGUUUGAUAUGGGUAUACGGGUUCUUGUUCUCCGUCAUACCGGUGCUAGAUAUGGGUUACAGCCGAUACGUGCCCGAAGGAUACUUGACUAGUUGCAGUUUCGACUACCUGACAAACGACGACAGGGAGAAAGGAUUCAUAUUGGUGUUCUUCGCAGCGGCAUGGUGCAUACCGUUCACCGCGAUAUCGUACUGUUACGUGAAGAUACUGAUGGCUGUGUGGGUAACUAGUGAAAUGGCCGCCAGCCGUUUUGGCCAGGAGGAGGAGAAGAGAAAGACAGAGAUACGACUGGGUUACGUGGUGGUCGGGGUGAUCGUGCUGUGGUUCGUGUCGUGGACCCCAUACGCCGUAGUGGCUCUGCUGGGAGUAUUCGACCAAAAGGAAUAUAUCACACCACUAGGUUCGAUGAUUCCAGCGCUUCUCUGCAAGGCGGCCAGCUGUACAGACCCAUGGAUUUACGCUAUUACGCACCCGAGAUUUAAAAACGAACUAACCAAACUGCUAUCGAAAAAAAAAACCAGGAAGCUGGAGCGAGACUACGGCAUGAAGAAGGGAUGGAACCAGUCGCGUUCGAACAAGACCUGUGGUGGCCCGAGGACUACCAACUAUUCAAGCACGGAAGACGAGGACGUGGAAGAGGUGAUCGUCAUGGUCGACCCCGACGACUUCGGAUACAGCGGCGGCGGCAGCAGUAAGAUGCACAGGCAGGGAUCAACUUCCAGCCACAAAACUGCGGAAACCAAAGCGCUGGAGACAAAAUUUCCGCCCACCAGACAGGAGAGUCUUAAGUACAUGCCACCCAGCUGGUACAAAAUGCCCAGAACCACGUCCAAGAGCAGCAUAAAGUUGGACGUAAGAUGUGUGGCAGGAGAUAACAAGUGAUACGUUAUUCUCGUAUUAUUUUAUUAUUCUGAUAGCUGUGGAAAUUUAUCGUUUCUUCGCUGGUACUUAAACACUGUGAUUAAAAUGCUAGUCUGUUUAAUAUUAUUUUAUAUUAUACAUAUAAUUAUGUU